UAUAUAUUUAAGUGCAUGACAAUUGACAAAGGGUACAAAGACCACUUCUUUUCAACAGCAUCAUUGAUGCUUCUCUAGUUUAAGUUAUAUUUGCUUCUCUUUCUUUCAACCCAAACAAAAGGUAGAACAAGACUGGAGAAGGAGAAGGAGAAGAAGAAAAAGUUAUCAAACAGAAGAAGAAGCAGAAGCCACCAAAGACAAUAGGAGAAGUAGCAGAAGACACCAAAGAGAAGAAAAAGAGGAUGGUGAUGAAGGGUGGAAGGUUUAUUUAUCCUUUAAUUCUAGUCUUCUUCUUCCUCCUAUUGGGUCAUUUCCUCUGUUCAGGUUUGAAGGUGACAAAAAAGGAAAAGAAUGUUGGGAAUAUGAAAGAACAAGACCAUGAAAAGAGAAGGCUACAAUUCACAAAAACUACUCCAAUUUCUACCACCAAAAGGGACAUCACAACUCCAAUAACAACUGUUCCUACAAUAACUCCCACCAAUCCCACUUCAUCAAUACCAAUUGUGAACCCAAAUUCAGACCCAGAUUCAACCUCUCCAGUCAGUGCAACCCCUAGGAUGACCCCAUUUUCUACAACACCAUCAUCCACUGGUUCAAGUUGGUGUGUUGCUAGCCAAAGUGCAUCCCAAAUGGCACUACAAGUUGCUUUGGACUAUGCUUGUGGCUAUGGGGGCACUGAUUGCUCAGAAAUUCAGGCUGGUAGAAGCUGUUACAACCCAAACAAUGUCCGGGAUCACGCUUCUUUCGCGUUCAAUAACUACUAUCAGAAAAACCCAGUUCCAAAUAGCUGCAAUUUUGGUGGAACUGCUGUGAUCACUAGCACUGACCCAAGUACUGGGACAUGUCAAUAUCCAUCUACCAGCACAAGUUCAUCAGUCUUGAACACAACAAAUACAAGUGGCUCAACUGUUUUUGGUGCUUCUGGCCCUUCUACCUCAGCAUCUGCAGCAGCUGCAAGCUCACAUAGCCUUAGAAAUAUAUUCAUCAUGGCCUGUUUAAUUUUGUUCACAACAUAAAUUCCCUAUACAAACUUUUGUAGGUUCAAGUCCACUUCCCCCAUGUAAUCUACUGGUGAAUGUGUUUAGAAGAUAGUUUUUUUUGUCUUUUUUGGUCAGAAUUUAGAGGAUUAUAUGAAGUAUAUUACAUAUAUACUAGUGUCUUUGUGAUACGCCGCCUUAGUUUUGAAUUCAGAUGAAUUUUGUAAUUGAUAUGUCAAUGAGGUUUUGUUGAUGAGAGUGACAGUGACC